AGCAGCAGUCAGCUGAGGACGGGGACGCUUAGCCCGGUGGUUGCGGCGCCAGUUCCUACCUGAGACGGGGAGAGCCCCGGACUAUGCACCGGGCCGGCGGCAGCUGAGGAGCAUGAAAAGUGGAAACGUUUUGCAACAUCUGACCUGCUAUGGCAAACCCUAUCCAGUGGGCACUUGAGAGACUGCAGCAUGUCCUACCCUUCAGCACGGUCAAUGAACCCUCACAAGGCUCCUCAUGGUUAUGUCCAUUCCUGACAUUUGGUAGAAAUCGCACUAUGAGUAGAUUGACUUCUAAACACCGCACUGUGGUCCCAUGUUCACAGCGGUUUAAAGGGGAGUAUGAGAACAUAUCCAAGGCCUACAGAAAUAACAAAAUACGGACAACAAAGUACACAUUGCUCAAUUUUAUACCGAGGAACCUGUUUGAACAAUUUCAUAGGGCAGCCAAUUUGUACUUCCUCUUUCUGGUGGUCUUGAACUGGGUCCCUGUGGUGGAGGCUUUCCAGAAGGAGAUCACCAUGAUCCCCCUGUUGGUUGUACUGACCAUCAUUGCUAUUAAAGAUGGUUUGGAAGACUACAGAAAACACAAACUGGACAAGGUCAUUAACCAUUUACUGGCACGUGUCCACUGUAGGAAGGAAAAGAAAUAUGUUGAAUGUUACUGGAAGGAUGUGACGGUGGGAAAUUUCCUUAAGCUCCAGUGUGAUGAGAUCAUCCCCGCUGAUAUGAUACUGCUACAUUCCUCUGACUUGGAUGGAAUUUGUCACAUUGAAACAUCCAGCCUUGAUGGUGAAAGUAACUUGAAACAGAGACAGGUGGCAAAAGGAUACGUCAUGGACUGGGAGUUAGAUCCUGAAAUGUUUUCUAGCAAAAUACAGUGUGAAGCUCCAAAUAGUGACCUGGGAAGGUUCAAAGGAUACCUAUCUCGUUCAGAACAGGAAAAGAUUGGCCUAAGUGAACAAAAUUUGCUUUUGAGAGGAUGCACUGUGCGCAAUACAGAGGCUGUUGUCGGCAUUGUUGUAUAUGCAGGACAUGAUACCAAAACCAUGCUGAACAAUAGUGGUCCCCGAUACAAGCGAAGCCAACUGGAAAGACAGCUGAAUUCUGACAUAUUGUGGAGUGUCCUGCUUUUACUCAUCAUGUGCUUGUUCGGAGCGUUGGGAUACGGAAUAUGGCUGCAAGGAUAUCCAGAACCUCCAAUUUUCAUCCUGCCGGAACCUAGUGGGGGGUGGUUGUCUCCAGCAUUGGCUGGCUUCUAUAUGUUUUGGACAAUGAUAAUCAUCUUGCAGGUGUUGAUUCCAAUUUCGCUGUACGUUUCCAUUGAGCUUGUUAAGCUAGGACAGAUCUUCUUCAUCCAGAAUGACAAGGACUUCUACUGUGAGAAGUCUGAUUCUCUCAUAGAGUGCAAAGCGCUGAAUAUUUGUGAAGAUCUAGGUCAGGUGCAGUACAUUUUUUCCGACAAGACAGGCACGUUGACUGAAAACAAGAUGGUGUUCCGAAGGUGCAGCAUUGCUGGUGUGGAAUACUCCCAUGAGGACAAUGCUAAGAGACUAGAGACCUAUGAAGAGUCUGAUCUUCACUAUGAAGAUACACAGGAUGGUGUCUCCCCCUCCAAAAGGGCAACCUGCAAGUCAAAAAGUCACAGUCCAAGGUCUGUACGGAGAACCCCAAGCAACAAGUCGCUGAACAAGUCUGCAACCGGGUCAGAUCUGCAAGAAGGCGAUGAGCCUGGUUCUGCACCAGUUUCCAGAAGCAUUGCAUUUAGCAGCCCCAUGGAAAAAGAUGUGGUCCCAGACCCAGGAUUACUCGAGAAGUUUAGCAGCAUCACUCCUCGCUGUGUGCGUUUGUCCUGUCAGGAGUCUGCUCUGGAGUCUUCCUAUAUUAUUGACUUUUUGCUUGCACUUGCCAUCUGUAAUACUGUAGUGGUGUCUUUACCUAAUCAACCACGCCAAAAGGUAAGGAUGCCAUCCUUAAUUAAAACUCCAAUGAAAUCUCUUGAAGAAAUCAAGCAGAUGUUUCAGAAGUUCUCGGUUCGGAAACUGAGCUCCACCUCACUGUCUGGCGGCAAAGAUUCCAGUUCCGAAACUCCCAACAACUUUAUGAACAAAGUGCCCUUCUUUAGUAGAAUGAAGCUGGCUUCUCCUACUGAGGGUGUCCCUACCUCAGAGAUUAGUCUGGAUGCUACUAGUGAAAUGCCCCCGGAGGGGUUGGAAAAUUCAGACCUGGCAAGUCCCAGUGAUGCCACUGAUAAACCCACCACGUGUGAGCUUUACUAUGAAGCAGAGUCCCCGGAUGAGGCUGCAUUGGUUCACGCUGCCAGAGCUUACAAAUGCACUCUUCAGUCUCGGACUCCUGACCAAGUCACUGUGGAGCUUGGCUUUCUAGGACCUUUAGCAUUUCAACUUUUGCACAUUUUGCCAUUUGACUCUGUGAGGAAAAGGAUGUCUGUUGUGGUGCGAAACCCUUUGUCCAAUGAGGUAGUGGUGUAUACAAAAGGUGCGGACUCUGUAAUAAUGGAUCUUCUAACCUUGGCUUUUAAUGAUAACAAAACAGAAGUUCUGCAGACGGAGAUCCGAACGCUAACACAGAAACAUUUAGAUAAAUAUGCUAAAGGAGGACUCCGCACUUUAUGUAUUGCUAAGAAGGUUAUGACUGAUGUGGACUAUGCCGAGUGGCUUCAUGGCCAUAGUGUAGCAGAAACCAGUAUCGAUAACCGGGAAGAACUUUUAUACGAGUCUGCACUUAAACUGGAAACCAAUCUAAUGCUGCUUGGGGCUACUGGUAUUGAAGACCGUCUACAGGAAGGUGUUCCAGAGACCAUAGAGUCACUAAGAAAAGCUGGUAUUAAAAUUUGGAUGCUUACUGGGGACAAGGAAGAGACUGCAGUCAACAUUGCAUAUUCUUGCCAACUUCUAGAACAUAGUUACAAAAUCUUCACAAUAACCAGACAAGAAAGGGCAACGUGUGAGGUUCUGGUAGACAACAUCAUUGGUGAAAUAGAAAGACACCUGGUGUCAGACCCUCUGCUAACAAAAGAUGAGAAAUCACAUAAUUCGUCCUUUGAGAAAGAAACUGUUGACUUUGCCUUGAUAAUCGAUGGGAAGAGCCUAGACUUUGCACUGCAUGAAACUCUGGAGAAGAAGUUCCUCUACCUCGCUCAGCAUUGUAAAGCUGUGAUAUGCUGCAGAGCAACUCCUCUGCAGAAAAGCCAAGUGGUUAAGCUUGUCCGGAAUAACGUGAAAGUGAUGACCCUUGCUAUUGGUGAUGGAGCCAAUGAUGUGAGCAUGAUACAAGUUGCUGAUGUUGGUGUUGGCAUUUCUGGACAAGAGGGCAUGCAGGCGGUGAUGUCGAGUGAUUUUGCACUCUCACACUUCAAACACCUGAGGAAGCUGCUGCUCGUCCACGGCCAUUGGUGUUAUACUCGACUAGCAAAUAUGAUUCUUUACUUUUUCUACAAAAAUGUGAUGUUUGUGAACCUUUUAUUCUGGUACCAGUUCUUCUGUGGUUUCUCUGGAACAUCAAUGGUGGAUGUUUGGAUGUUAAUCCUCUUCAAUCUAAUUUUUACCUCUGUGCCACCAAUAAUCUACGGCGUCCUUGAUAAAGAUGUAUCUGCAGAUACCCUCCUUGCGUUGCCAGAACUCUACAAAUCUGGGCAGACAUCAGAGGCAUACAAGAAGUCAACGUUUUGGAUCACCAUAUUGGAUGCUUUCUAUCAAAGUCUGGCAUGCUUCUUUAUCCCUUAUUUUACUUAUUUUGGCUCGGGCAUGGACAUCUAUUCUUUUGGAAACUUCAUAAUAACAGCCACCUUGUUUGUGGUUUUACUUCACCUCCUGAUGGAAAGUAAGAGCAUGAUGUGGAUACACUGGACGGUUAUGGUCCUAAGCAUCGCUGCCUACUUUGUCUUCACCUUGGCUGUUGAUGCGUUAUGCCUGCAAUGUAUGCCACCGGCAAACCCAUACUGGAUGAUGCAGAAACACAUGACGGACCCCAUGUUUUAUCUUGUGUGUGUUAUGUCUGUUAUUGUUGCACUUCUACCAAGGUUUGCUUUCCGAGUAUUUCAAGGAACGCUGUUUCCAACUCCGCAUCAGAGGGCUAAGCAGCUUGAUGUGAUGCCCCCUGGAGAGCGCUCAAAUGCCAUUAAACGCUGGUUUUUACCAAAGACUGACACUGCCUUAUUCCAUGCAGUACCAGCAGAUGGCAGCAGACUGAUAAAAAAGGAUGAAGAGGCUCCGUGCAUGCCAUCUCCAAACGACUGCACAAGCUAUGACAUAUGAGACAGAGUCUUGUGAUACUGGCCAAAGUAAAAGGACCGCACAUAAGUUUACUGCAUGGCUUCUCACAUUACAAUGUUCAAAAGGGAAAAAAGGGAACAAUAGGCGACCUAUAUUUCACUACUGGUGCUAACCUCUACCCUUCACCAUACUGCAGUGUGAGCGGCAUGUGCUUAGAAACCUACAGCCAGCCACACACACUGUAUAGUGGAAUGAAGGCUAACCCAGACCUCAUGUCAGUGAUUUCCAUGCAUUCUGCAUAUUCUCUACACCACUCAGUGUUACGUUGCUUCAUUUUAUGCAGUUAUUGGUUUUAUGUUCUGGGUCUGAAAAAUGACCUAAAAUAAUGAAAGCAGUGGGCGAUAUGAGCGCCUAUUACACGGUCACUGGAUGUGUUACCCAGGGAAGGGGUUAUAGGAGAUACCUGUCAAUCUCCCUGCGACAUUGCCAAUCUGAAUCACUGUAAGCAGGGACCACUUUAACCAUAUAAUCCAGGAGGUUGGUGACACUACUGUACUAUCAUUAGGGUGAUGUCACAUUAGUAGCCAUUUUAUCUUUUAAAGGGACUGUCUUGUUUUAGAAAACCAUUUUUAAAUAUCAAUUUAGUGCAUUUGGAGUUUAUAGAAGGGUUUCCCCUGCUCUUUAUGGAAGAGUGGAGCGCAGCCUAAACGAGCCUUGUACUUUCUGAAGGACCCAACACAUCCAUGUGUUCCCCUUUUUUUUAAUAAGUUCUGUGUAAUACUUGGUUUCCCCUGUGGUGGCGCUGCAGGGAUACUCAACACUUGCUGCUCUGUUCUUCCACAGAUCACAGCUGAUUGCUCAGUAAAUUGCGAUCAGCUAAUCAUUGGUGGCCGUCUUAACACAUCAGAUCGCAAAAAGUAGACAACCCCUUUUAUUAUUUUAUCCCUGUAUAACGAUAUGUAUGCAUGUGAUGUCUUCCACAUCAAUAAUGGCCUAGUCUGAUAGUGUCCCUUCAUUAACCCUUUCAAAGUUAUUUCUGGUUUGAUUCCAGUAUGGUUUCUUACAUUAUACGCAAUAGUUUAAUUUUGUAUUCUGGUGAGUGCAGCAGUUUUUUUUGUUACCUGCGUCCCUUUCUCCUGUCCUAGUAUUGAACAAGCACAUAUUUCUCAUCUCUCACGUAUGGAAUGUGACUUAUGAGCCUCACCCACUCCUGCAACGUGUACAACACCGUGCUAUAUGUAGGCACCUUACUGCAGAUACCAAGUUCCUAUUACAGGAUCACUGCAUUGCUGUACUAUGGCAUGGCCACAACAUAAGAUCUAUGUGCUGGUUAUAGUCACACCCAAAGCAUUGCUGUCAGGUUCACAGGUCUUCUGGCUCCAUGAAGCUCUAGGCACUGCAUUAGUGUCACUGUCUUCAAAGCAUCUAUUCUAUGUUCCAGCGUUUACACUAAUAGUUUUCUGCUGCGCUGUUCUAGUUGUCACAUUUGUUUCAUACAGUAUUACAUCCUCAUACUGUCUUUCAUAACUUUAUGAUGUUUCUUUUGUUGCAUUCCCCACAUUGGCCCUGGGGCCAUAUUUGUUACAUUCUUAUGUUUGCAUACCAAGAAUUAUGAAUCCCUUCCAAAACAAUAUGAAUCAUCUUAAUUCAUACUGCGCUCCUGGGCAUGUUUGUACAUUUAACCCAAAACUUUGAUGUCAAUGUCCACCUUGCACCCUCUUUUUUUCAGUCCAAAUCCUGUGCUGUUUUAUGUAUCUUUAUAGUCUAAAUCCCCUGCAUAGACACAGAUAGCAUUCUGACUGCCUUCUGCCACCACUAGAGGGAGCUUACUGCGUACUGUCUUUCUGUAUUUUUCGUUGUAUAAAGUAAAAUACCAUGCUCCCUCUA